AUGAAGUGGCACCAGGAAUUAUGUGAACAAAAUCCCCAAUAUAAGGCAUUUGAAGGUCAAGGUGUUUGGUUGGUUCGAGACGAUACAUACGCUUUGGAAGUUAUAGAAAAACAUGCAGUUAUUGAACAAAACACAGCUUUAUUAAAUUCAUUUUAUCACCAAUUGGUAGUCAAAGGCAUGUCAGAUAAAGAAGGCAAGACAUUUGUGCCAAUAAUUCCUGGAUAUUCUAUAAUAACUUACAUUUCUAAGUCAUUUUUUCGUUUUACUAUUGAAAAAAAUCAAGAAGAUUUAUUGAAUCAUGUUUGGGUGGAUUAUGGAAAUGAUAAAACAUUAACACAAGUUAUUUAUCAGACAUCAAAUUCUGAUUUUUUUUCUUCUUUUCAUUCAUAUAUAAAAAAUAGAAGAAAGGGACAUAUUUCGAUACCUAAUAUUUUAGGAUUAAACAAUCCAGAAAAUGUGAAUUAUUUAAGAGCUGUUGUAAUUCAAAAAUAUCCUGAUAUUUUUAUAAAUUUCACAGAUAAAAGAAUUCUUGAAGCUGAAAAAAAGACCAAAUCUAUACAAAGUCAAAUGAAAAGAAAAGGAGAAAUCAUUGUAAAAGGGAUUUCUGGUGUUAAUGAAGACUUCUCACCACAUACAACAACGAAAAAAGUAAAGUCUGGUAUUAUCAUUAAUGAAAAGGGCCUAGAAUUGGAUAAUAAAGCUACACAAGGCUUGUUAGUAGAAUAUACUGAAUAUAAACAAAAAUAUUACCAGGCAAAUAAAAAAUAUAAACGUGCAAAGGAAAAUGUAACAAGAGCUCGUGAAUCCACAAGUCAUGUGGAUGAACAAUUAAUAGAACAAGAUGAUAUUAAUGAUGUUGUAAAACAAGCAAUAAACAACAACAAUCUUGGCUCUACUAUUUUCAUUAACACACAACAAUACCUUACUCUUCUUUUUGGGCUACCCUGCAUUAAUUGUGAAGAUAAAUUUAUAAAUAACAAAAGACAUGAAAUAUUCAAUGUUGGUUUUUCUGUGAAAAUAACAAUUAGGUGUCUUACGUGUGAUAGCAUUGCUGAAUAUUCUAACGAAUCUCUUAAUUCAGGUUUUAAUUUAUUAGUUACAGGUUCAAGUUUGGUAGCUGGAUUGAAUCGUCAACAAAAUGAGACUUUCCUUGCAUCAAUGGGAAUAACUAACCAAAUAUGCAAAAAAACAUUUCAUAACAACCAGAAAAGAUUUUUCCAAACUUUGACUAUGGAAGCAGAAGAGAGUGCAAAAGACACACUAAUGGAAUGUAUAAAUCACAUCAAAUCUCUUGAUCAGAAUAUCCUUUCUGUUAGUUUUGAUACUUCAUGGUCACAUGUAAGGAAUGCAAAUCAAGCUA